GGCAGACUUGGCUUUCGUAGCGUGAGCGUAAGCUGAGGUUGCCGCUGGGUUACUCUUGCGCCGUGCGGGUCGCCGGGAACCGGGCGGCGGAGCAAACAUGAAUGUUGGAGUUGCCCACAGUGAAGUGAAUCCAAAUACCCGUGUAAUGAACAGCCGGGGUAUGUGGCUGACAUAUGCAUUGGGAGUUGGCUUGCUCCAUAUUGUCUUACUCAGCAUUCCUUUCUUCAGUGUUCCUGUUGCUUGGACCUUAACAAAUAUUAUACAUAAUCUGGGGAUGUAUGUAUUUUUGCAUGCAGUAAAAGGAACACCUUUUGAAACUCCUGACCAAGGUAAAGCAAGGCUCCUAACUCAUUGGGAACAACUGGACUAUGGAGUACAGUUUACAUCUUCACGGAAGUUUUUCACAAUUUCUCCAAUAAUUCUAUAUUUUCUGGCAAGUUUCUAUACGAAGUAUGAUUCAACUCACUUCAUCCUAAACACAGCUUCUCUUCUGAGUGUGCUUAUUCCCAAAAUGCCCCAACUACAUGGUGUUCGGAUCUUUGGAAUUAAUAAGUAUUGAAAUGUUUGAAACUGAACAAAAUUUUUACAGCUACUGAGUUUCCUGUAAGGAAGGAGUAGUUGGUAAACUGCACUGUUUCUGUGAUAAUGUGAAAUGAGAGGUAUCUACAUCAGAGGACCAAUUGCUGGUUCUUCAGAUGCUGUCUUGAAGUGCAGAAUCCUACUAAAUGAUGCCUCUGUUUAAUACAUCUGGUAUAUUUUGGAAGAAAGGCUUUAUAGGCAGGCUGGGCAGGCCCAGCGUAUAAGUUAAUUGCAGUAUAGUGAGGGUGUAGUAGAUAAAUCCAAGGAAGUAAGAUAUUUGUAAGAAACUAGGACCGGCUUAAUUAUAAUGAUGGGCACGACAUGAGGAAAAGAAAAUUUUCAGUCCUUCAGUGACAAUUAGUUUAGGCAGACUUAACAUGUAAAUCGGAAUCAUCUCUAUAAGUUUAUUAUAGAUUACUUUUAUUACCAUAUAUAUUUCUCUUAUGUAAGAGGAUAUAUACUUAUUUUGUACAAACCAGUUUCUUAUGAAUUAUCUUAUGAGUGUGGCGUUUUUUGUUUUUGUUUUUUUGCUGGCUCAGUAUUAUGUGUUGAUAGAUGAAAUUAUUUUUGCAUUUAUUAUAUUACAUAGUUUUUGAAGGUCCACCUUCAUGACUGAUGCUGGAAGAUACCAUCUGAGUCAGCAUUCUAAUUUUGGAACAAAACAGAUUUACUUGGUUUUCCAGACACAAGGCUGCUAAUAAACCAGUUAAAAUAAUUUAUUUCAAGAAGUUAAAGUACAGGGUUGUUUAUAGGUGCCUGUUUUUUAGGUUUAAGAAACUUAAUUGGUAAAGUCUGUCAUUCCUUAGAAAAGGAAAUAUAAAAUGGACAGCUACAUAGCUACCUGUGGUCUAGCAGUAACUGCUUCUCUAGCCAUAGUACCAAAGUAAGUAAUAGAUAUUUUGUUUUAGCAGGUCUGUAGUAAAAGAUAAGAUUGUCUUUCCUUAGUCCUGCUCUCAGCCCCUAUAGUUUGCUUGUUAAUAUUUUUACUUUAAACACAUGAGUCUUAGUAUAGGUAACUCUAAAUGGUAACUAUUUAGAGUAGUGAUUAUAUUGAAUUCUUGUGACUUAGGGAAGUUACCUAUAGUUGCUAACAUUAAUUGCAAGAAAAAACUAUACUUGAGAAGCAAUCACAUUUAAAAAAGAAACAAACAAACAGAAAAACAAAGUUCUGAUAAAUGAUAAAACUGAAAAACUGAGUAAUACAUAUAAACAAAAUUGAGUGAAAGGAGUUUUUGAUCAACUUAAAGAUCAAUCUCUGUCAACAAACUGACUUUUCAGGUUAGUGAUCAUUGUUUUGUAUUUCAAAAGUAUUGAGUUUAGAAAUCAGUUGUAUGAUACUGCCUUUGUAUAUUUGUCUUAUGUAUUUUUAAAUAACUGGUAAUCUAUACUUUAAUAAAAUUUUUUCCUUGGUGUAAGAUUA